GGCCGCCUGGAGCGCACCCGCCUCGGAGCACUAGCGCUGCCCCGCGGGGACAGGCCUGGACGGGCGCCGCCGGCCGCCAGCGCCCGCUCGUCGCGGAGCAAGAGAGGUGGAGAAGAGCGAGUGCUUGAGAAAGAGGAAGACGACGACGACGAUGAAGACGAAGAUGAUGAAGACGAUGUGUCAGAGGGCUCAGAAGUGCCUGAAAGUGACCGUCCUGCAGGUGCCCAGCACCACCAGCUUAAUGGAGAGCGGGGCCCUCCGAGUGCCAAGGAAAGGGUCAAGGAGUGGACGCCCUGUGGACCCCACCAGGGCCAGGAUGAAGGGCGGGGACCAGCACCAGGCAGUGGCACCCGCCAGGUGUUCUCCAUGGCAGCAAUGAAUAAGGAAGGGGGAUCAGCCUCUGUUGCUACUGGGCCAGACUCCCCAUCCCCCGUGCCUUUGCCCCCAGGAAAACCAGCCCUACCUGGAGCCGACGGGACCCCCUUUGGCUGUCCUCCUGGGCGCAAGGAGAAGCCAGCUGACCCUGUGGAGUGGACCGUGAUGGACGUGGUGGAGUACUUCACCGAGGCAGGCUUUCCCGAACAGGCAACAGCUUUUCAAGAGCAGGAAAUCGAUGGCAAGUCUUUGCUGCUCAUGCAGCGCACAGAUGUGCUGACUGGUCUGUCCAUCCGCCUUGGCCCAGCCCUGAAAAUCUAUGAGCACCACAUCAAGGUGCUUCAGCAAGGCCACUUUGAAGAUGAUGACCCCGAUGGCUUUCUAGGCUGAGCGCCCAGCCUCACCCCUGCCCCAACCCAUUCCAGUCCCCAUCUCACCCAAGACCCCCAGAGUCCAGGAGCUGGACAGGGACACCCUCAGCCCUCAUAACAGAUUCCAGGGAGGGAGCAACCUUGUUUGCUCAUCUCUUUCCUUUGUCUCUUUUUCUCUCUCUCUCUCUCUCUCUCUCUCACACACACACACACACAC